AUCGACAGUCACCAUAGAAACCAACUUGUUGAACUUCACAACGGUAACAUUGAAGUCGACGAGAACACUUAUUUUUACAUUUUUAACAUUUAUAGUUUCAGUAAUACAAGUUUAAAUUAAAUAAAAAUCUAAAAAAUGGCACCAAAAGCAAAAGAGAAAGCUAAGAAGGCUCCAGCCAUUAUAAUCGAUGGCGUGGAUACAUCGGAUAUGUCUCGAGAAAAACUCGAGCAGUUCACUCUCAAGGUCAAAGAGGAACUAGACAAAGAGAGAGAAGAACGCAACUACUUCCAGUUAGAAAGAGACAAAAUAAGAACAUUCUGGGAGAUAACACGACAGCAGUUAGAAGAAGCCAAAGCAGAAUUACGGAACAGAGAAAGAGCAACAGAAGAAGCACAAGAAGAAAAUGAAGCUCUUCUAGAAACAGAGAAGCAGAAGAUAAAACAUUUGAAAUACGAACAACAAGCUGCAGCUGCUGCCUUAAGAGCUGAGAACUUAGUAGCUUUAAAGGCAGCAAAAGAAGAACACACUGAACAAGAGUUAGAACUGCUAAAUGACAAGAGAUUGCUAAGACAAGAGAUAAGAGAAAGAAUCCUAGCUGCUCAAGAUGAAUUGAGAAGAGCGAAAUUGAUACAUGCUGAAGAAGUAUCAAAAGUUAGGGAUGAGUUUGAAGAAAGAGCGCGUCAAAUAGAAGAUAAGGCUGACAAGAAACUGCAUGAGACUAAAGUUGAGUUGACAGUGAAGCACAGAACAGAAAUAUCAGAAGUUGAAGAAAGGAAGAAUAAACAGCUGUCGGAACUAAUUCAGCACCAUGAAAGAGCGUUUUCUGAUCUAAAGAAUUAUUACAAUGAUAUCACAUUGAAUAAUUUGGGUCUUAUUAGCAGUCUAAAACAACAAAUGGAAGAGAUGCAAAAAGUAAAAGAACGAGCUGAAAAGAUAUCGAGGGAUGCUAUUGCUGAGGCCAAAGGUCUUAGAGAGCCGCUAGAGGCCGCCAUCAUAGACAAUAAAGAACUCAAACGGCAGAUGUCUAACUACGACAGAGAUAAAGCUGCUUUGGCCGCAAAAACAAAACAAUUGGCGUCAUUAGAAAAACAGUUCGAUGUCCUAAAGUGGGAGUAUGAAGUACUUCAAGUCCGCUUCGAUAGAGUCCUGGCAGAGAGAGACGAGCUCAAGAUGAGGUUCUCAAGGGCUGUUCUGGAAGUACAGCAGAAAGCAUCCUUGAAGACUGCCUUGUUGGAAGCCAAACUGAAGAACAUGGAAGGACGUGAUGCAGGGCCGAGUGAAAUUCAUAACCUUCUGAAACUGAAAGACACACAAAUAGAUGAUCUCCGAUAUGAAGCUGCUCGCCUUCGUAAAGCUCAUGACGACUUGCUGGCCACUUACGAAGCUAAGUUGGCACGACUUGGAGUACCGAAAGAGGAACUUGGUUUCAAACCACUCAAAGCUGUUGCUGUGGCAGGUUUGAAUCCAAUUAUAGGACAAGGACCGGCUGGGUUAGUCACUAAAGAUCCUUAAUAACAAUUUGUAUAACGAAUCUUGUUCAAGUGAACUGAUAACAACUUAAUCAUGGAGUUUAUAACUAUCACUUUUUAUUAAAGAUGGAUUUCAGUUUAUCUAUGUGCUAUUAAAAUGUAUAAAUAAAUUAAUAAACUU